GCCUCACUUCACCGGUGGAGCAGAGGAGCGCAGCAUUACGCAGAGCAUGUAGCCGAAACUACACCAGACUGCGGUGCUGCUGAAGUUUUAGGACCUGAAGUGAUUUCUUCUUCUUCAUCACCAUCAUCAUCUUCCUCUUCUUCUUCUUGGGGAGAAAUAUUGACAACAUUUAGAGCUGCUCUUCGACACUAAACUAGUUUGGAGCUAAAUGACAAGUAGACAGCGACUCGGAGCCACUCAGUGAUACUCGGGGCACGAUGGAGAGCAAUAAGGGAUUACUGCGCUGUAAGAUCGUGGUGGUGGGAGACACGCAGUGUGGCAAGACGGCUCUCCUUCACGUUUUCGCCAAAGACUCAUAUCCGGAGAAUUAUGUCCCCACCGUGUUUGAGAAUUACACAGCCAGCUUCGAGAUCGACAAACAGAGGAUCGAGCUCAACAUGUGGGACACUUCAGGUUCAGCCUACUAUGACAAUGUGCGGCCGUUAGCGUAUCCUGACUCCGACGCUGUUCUCAUCUGCUUUGACAUCAGCCGUCCGGAGACACUGGACAGCGUGUUGAAAAAGUGGCAGGGGGAGACGCAGGAGUUCUGUCCCAAUGCCAAAGUGGUGCUGGUCGGCUGCAAGCUGGACAUGAGGACAGACCUCAACGUCAUGAGAGAGCUCUCCAAACACAGACUCAUCCCUGUCACCCACGAACAGGGCACUAAUUUGGCGAGGCAGAUCGGUGCUGUGGCCUACACAGAGUGCACCUCAAAGUAUUCGGAGAACAGCGUCCGUGAUGUUUUCCACGUCACCACCUUGGCGUCUGUGUCCCGUAUCCAUCGGCCUCAGCUCAAACGUGCUGGCUCACGUCGCGGACUCAAGCGGGUCUCCCAGCAGCCGCCCCGGACUGAGAUUCAUGAGCACCCACCUGCCAUUAGAAAGGACCGGGCCAAAAGCUGCGUGCUCAUGUAGGACUGGAGUCUGACCGGCAGCCUGACCUGUGCGUAGCGCACAUACUGCACAUGAACUUAAUUUAUUGGUGAAUUCUUGUCAGAUCUUU